CCUAGAAAAAAAAUUGUCAAGGACAACUUCAGUGUGAUUAUUUGUCGAUAAGGGUGACCAAUCGUUUUCUUUCGCUACAAAUUCACUUCCUGGAAUUUCAAACAAAAACGAUACGAAGUUUCGCUGCUCGGCGGGAAAGCGACUAAAUAACGGUGUUUCCUGUAUGUUUGAGAGUUUCAACGUUGAUUUCGAGAUAUAAGAGGAUAAGAGAAUAUUAGAGGAAGUAGUCGAAAACAAAUAUUUCAACGUUGUUUAGUUGUAUACGUUUGAUUCAGAGUAAAAACGAAAAAUUCUGAUACUUGUCGUAGCCGCCAAAAUGUAUAACAAUUCUGUUUUGAUGUAGUUUUUCUCGGAUUCGUUGAAGUACGUAGUUAACCUAUCAUUUUCGCGGGACAAAAGAUUUUUUGAUAGUGCGCGCGGACUGUUCGAGUUUUCGAUCCGCUUUUUACACAAUUCUUCAAAUUCCAUGAACUGGAGGGUGAAUUGUGAUAUAAAAAGAAAAUGGAAAAUCACAAAGGAGGCAAAAAGAAACGGAAACAUGCGGAAGACGCGUCAGAAUCACCGACUAAAAGAGUCUUGGCAGUGUUAGCAAAUUCCACUGUACAUCCCCCAUGCACAGCGGGUAAAAUUCAUCGGAUUUUUGUUAGAAAUUUCAUGUGCCACGAAGCCUUGGAAAUUAUUUUGAAUCCUAAUGUCAAUUUUAUCAUCGGUCAAAAUGGUAGUGGCAAAAGCGCUCUCCUGACUGCCUUAACUGUUGGUCUUGGCACAAGAGCCAAUGCCACUAAAAGGGGACGUUCUGUAAAAGAUUUAAUAAAAGGCGGAAAGAGCAAAGCGACAAUAGAAAUAAACAUAGUCAACGAGGGGCCUUUCAGCUACAAGCCUGAACAAUAUGGAAAGAUGAUAACAGUUGUACGUCACAUUGGCAAUACUUCGGACUACAAAUUGAAAAGCAUUGAUGGAAAAGUAAUAUCGACGCGAAAAGAGGAACUCGAGAAAAUAAUAUCACAAAUGAAUAUUCAAGUUGACAAUCCAAUAUCAGUAUUAAACCAGGACAUUUCACGAGAAUUCUUGACAUCAACGAAUCCUAGCCAGAUGUAUAAAUUUUUCAUGAAAGCAACUCAGAUGGACAUAAUUGGAGAAAAUUAUCAAACGGCGCAAAUAUUGAGCGAAGAGGCCCGAUCCCAUUUGCACGAGGUCGAAAUGUAUCUUGCUGAAUCUAUGCAGGAAGUUCAGGACCUUGAAAAGAGUUUGAAAAUUCUGGAGUCGAUAGAAUCGGAAAAGCAAAAACUUGAAACUCAUCAGCUGGAGCUUCAUUGGGCAAAGGCAAUUGCGGAGGAAAAGCAAUUGGCCAAGGUUCAAAAAUUGCUCGAUGUUCAAACUCAGAAAUUAGCCGAAUACGAAAGUGCGGAGAACAACCGCCAAUCAAACGAGGAAAAAUUAACUGCUUUAAUCGAAGAGCGACGCAUCAAACUUGCCGAAGUGGAGAAAGAAAUGGCCGAUAGUGCUGCUACAUUCCAAACGAUGAAAGAAGCCUACAUGGCCAAAAAAGAGGAUGUUACGAAAAAAAUGCACGAGUGGGAAAUGAGCAAAAAGGCUGUAACAAGACUUCAAAACGAUAUAGCUUCGAUAGACCAAGAAAUAAAAAGACUUGAAAGUGCGGAAGAUAAAAGUGCCGAACAUGCGCGUUUAAAAGUAGAAGAGGAGAAACAGAAAAAAGAUCUCGAUGAGGUCGAUGCGAUGUUACGCACUAAACAAAACGAUGUGACGCAUUUGCACGCGGAACAACGGCGGCUUGAACAUGAACACGAUUUGGCAAAGACCGAAUUACAGCGACGCGAAGAAAUCGUUCGUAAAUCGAAGCACGAACUGUCAAUGUUGAGGCAACAAUCGAAUGACCCAACUUCGACUUUUGAUGCAAAUAUCCCGCGUUUGUUGAAACGUAUCGACGAAGAGCACAAGCGUGGUCGUUUCCAUAAGAAACCGAUCGGGCCGUUGGGCUCGUAUGUGAAAAUGAAGGAUUCGACGUGGACGGCAGCGGUCGAAUAUUAUUUGGGAGCAGGACUCCUCGGAGCGUUUGCUGUUGACAAUGCUCAGGAUGCAAAUAUUCUUCGUGCAAUUAUGCAAGAAACGUACGGCGGGCAGCGCAUGCCAACCAUUAUCGCCAGUAAAUUUUUGCCUAAGGUUCACGACGUCAGUCGCGGCGGUACCCAUCCGGAAAAUCACAUGAACUUUCUUGAUGUUUUGGAAAUCGCCGAGCCGGUAGUGACCAAUUGUCUGAUAGAUCAGAAAGGACUUGAAUGCAUAAUGCUCAUUCCGACGAGUGAGGAAGCCAGUAGAAUAAUGUGCGAUCGUCGUUUCGUACCGGCGAAUUGCAAACGUGCUCUUACUAAACGCGGUGACGAGUUUUUUCCGGAUCCCCGGUAUAAGAGUUACGGUGGUAGAGUUGGUAGGCCAAAGUUCCUCCAAGUCUCAACGUCUGAUGCAAUUCGGGCUGAGACACAACAACUCGAAGAAGCUGAGCAAGCGGCUGCAGUUGCUUUGGAAGCCCAGAGACUUACUCGGGACAAACUUCAGCGCACGCUAACUGAAUUCCGCGAGGUUUCUCAGAAAGUUUUAAAACUUCGAUCCAUGCGCGCAGCAGCACUAGCGAGAUUGGCUAGUAUCGCUGAAGAAUUAAAGGACCAAAAAUCUGAAGACACUGAUGUAUAUAUGACGGAAAAAAAAGUGUUGGAAAAAAAGAUUGAAGAAGAGAGAGAAAAGGAAAAACGUUUAAGCGUUGAAUACGAAGAAAUGAAAACGAAGUUCAAAGAGUCCGAGGACAUUAAAACUUAUCGAGAACGUACUCAAUCACUACAAGAUGAAGUGAACAAAAUACGGAGUGAUAUACAAAGACUGACCAAUGAGAAAGACAUAUUGAAUUCAAAUUUUGAGCGGGCGAAUAGAGAAGCCGAGCAUGUUCAAAUGGCAAUACAAAAAUUAACAGCGGAGUACGACACGCAGAAACGCGUGAUGGAGAAAUUCGUCGCUGAAGCGGAAAGCCAUUGUCCGCGUAUGGAAACAGACAGGAGUGUCGAAGAGAUAGUCAAAAUGGCGAAUCGACUAAAAGGAAAGAUAAGCGCAAUCGAAAAUAAAAUUGGAUCGAAGGAAGAGCUGCUGUUGGAGUUGACACAAAAAAAAGAGAAGUACCAGGGAAUUGAAUCGCGCCUGGAGUGUGUUCAAGGUUGCAACAACCGCCAACUGAAACGAUUGGAGCAAAGACAUAAGAUGUAUCACGAAGUGAAAAAAAAAAUCGGCGAAAAAGUACAAGCGACGUUUGUCAAUAUCCUGAAACUGCGUCAAUACAAGGGAUCCGUUAAGAUCAGCCAUUCCGCCAAGACCCUUGAAUUGGAUGUUUCUCUGCAAGCGAAUGGAAAAAAAAAUAUCAGCGAUGUUCGUUCUUUGUCCGGCGGUGAACGUUCUUACUCGACAGUUGCCUUCAUUCUUGCUCUCUGGGACUGCACGUCUUUGCCCUUCUACUUCCUCGAUGAAUUUGAUGUUUUUAUGGAUAAAGUAAACCGACGAAUUAUUUUGGACAUACUACUCGAUUAUACUCGCUCGCAUCCUCAGAGCCAGUUCACUUUGUUGACACCUUUGGAUACUUCGAUCGUUCAGGUGGAUGAUUACGUUACAAUUCACAAAUUGUCGCCACCGGAACGACACGCAGGAGGACAUUAGAAAAUUUUAUCGUCAAACGAACCAGUGAUGCAACUACGAAUUUAUUUUUGUUUUGCAGAAAAAGUGCAAAGUAAGAUAAAUAAGUAAAAGUAAGCUCGUAGGAAAAAAAAUCCUCGAACGAGGCACGUGUUAAUCGUCACGAGUACAAAGAAUAUUUUUAAGAAACGAUUCUAAAGCUAAGUCGAAGUUGAAGUAUAAUUAUAAUAAAAAGAGAAGAAAGUAAUAUCAUCAGAUUAUUACGUUAAGCUAAUGUUUGUAAGAGCGAUUCUAAGCAAAGUCCAAGUUUUUGAAUGAACAAAUAAGCGAAGAAAGUGAUAGAUUUUUUUAAGGCUACGACUUGGCGCAACAUCCUUUAAGGGAGAGGGUAGUUUCAUUUUUGUUUUUCUUAUCGCCAGGAUGCUCGUAGUUAUCUGUGCUGUUUGUACAUCGUCGUUUAGUUUUGUUUUGUAAUAAAUUAAUAUUGUCAUUCA